ACAAUUCGUCAACAAUGCACUGAGAGAAGAAUAAUCCUCGCAUUUACAUCCAUAAAAGGUAUUGAAGAUCAUUAUGAUGCAUGCACACCACUGGCUAACCAUUUGUCAAACACAAUGAUAGAAAAUAACAUCACAAAAUCUUCUCAGUACUCAAGUACUCAACAUGAAACAACAGAAGCAUGUGCUUCUGGAGCUACCUGUCCUGGAACGUCCACAUCAGCUGCAAGUUGUCUCCAGUCCAUCAGCAUCUCUGAUGUUUCUUGUACUGCUGUAAAUGAACGCAACCAUGUAAUGCCAGAAGACCCUGUGAUCAGUUCAAAUACUUCAAGUCCAGUUCCAGUAUCUUCACAGCAUGGUGCCGACACAGUGUCAUCAGGUAAUACAGCAUCAACCCCAAACAAACAGAACCCAUCUCGAUCUGCAACUCCAAGAAAGUCGUCAGCCUUCCAUACACCUCCUAGAAAGGUGCUGUUUAGAAAGAGACGUGCGACGCCCGAGACAUGGUUAAAAAAUCAAAGGAAACACCUGAGAUUAGGUGGAAUGGAAUAUGUGAACCAGCAAGGGAAGACCAUGAAAGGAAAAUCGGUUAAAGCAGUCGACUGCUCAAAAUGUAGAUAUAAGUGCACCCAGAAGAUCCCCGAAGAAGCUCGACACAGUAUAUUUAAAGCAUUUAGAAGCUUGUCAUCAUAUGAAAGGCAAAAGGAUUUUGUUUGUUCCAACACUGAUGAAAAGAAAACCCGUACAUACCUGGAUGACAGUGAAAGAAAGGUGGAAAAGAAACGCCAAGUCUAUCGGGCAUUUAAUCUACAGUGGGAAGGAACAAGACAUCUUGUUUGCAAGAAGUUUUUCAUGAAGACUCUUGACAUUGGGGAGUCAUACAUCAGCCAUGCCUUACAGCACAAGAGCCAGGGAACCUUUGGGAGCACAGAACGUCGCGGUAGACAUAAGCCACACAAUAAAACUGCCAGUGAUCGCUUGACAAAAGUAAGGGAACACAUUGAGUCAUUUCCUAAGAUGGAUGCCCACUACACAAGAAAAGAUACAAACAGGCAAUUUUUAGGACCAGAAUUGAAUAUUAAAAAGAUGUAUGAACUUUAUAAGGAAAGGUGUGCUGCAGACAACAAAGAACCAGUGUCCUCAUCACUCUACAGAAACGUCUUCAAUAAAGAAUAUAAUUUUUCUUUCCAUGUACCAAAGAAGGACCAGUGUUCGCUUUGUCAGCAAUAUUACAGAGAAAGAGACACUGGUUGCCUGACAGAACAAUUAACAAAGGAUUUCAAUGAACACCAAGCCAGAAAAAUCAGAGCUCGAGAGGCAAAGAUUAAGGACAAAGCACUUGCCUUGACAGAAUCCUCUGUCUUUGUUGGAACAUUUGACCUUGAGGCAGUAUUGUACACGCCAUGUUCGCUAGUUAGCGAAAUUUUCUAUAUGAGAAAACUGAAUUGUUAUAAUUUCACAGUGCAUGAUGCUGUUCACAAGAGCGGUACAUGUUUUCUGUGGUCAGAGGUUGAUGCCCAGAGAGGUUCAUGCGAAAUUGCAUCAUGUUUACAAAUACAGUUGAAAGCAAUGCCUCCUAACAUCAACCAUGUUAUCCUGUAUUCAGAUACAUGCACAGGGCAGAAUAGGAACCAAUAUGUUGCUGCUUCCCUACUUCAUGCUGUCACUACCACUGACCACAUUGAUGUCAUUGACCAUAAAUUCUUGGAGCCAGGACACACCCAAAUGGAGUGCGAUGCAAUUCACUCCAGUAUUGAAUUCGCCAAAAAGAAGACAAGUAUUUUUGUUCCCAGCCAGUGGGAUACUGUUAUCAGAAUGGCAAGAAGGAAGGACCCCUAUCUCGUUAUUCCAAUCAAACACACGGAUGUAAUGGACUUCAAGAAAUUGGCACAUCAAAGACUGAAAAAUACUAAAGUGGACACGGAUGGUGGUAGAGUUAACUGGCUAAAUGUUCGCUGGCUGCGGUUUAUGAAGACUAGCCCUGACAGCAUUUACUUCAAAACUGAACACAAUGAUGAGCAGUUCAGAGAAAUCAAGGUUACAGCAGGCAGUAGACGAGGUAGACCUCUGAACACAACCAACUCCCUUACUUGUAGAUACACUGGGAAGCAAGAAAUAUCACAUGCGAAGAAGAAAGACUUGUUAUCUCUUUGUAGAUCUGGUAUUAUUCCAAGCGAAUAUCAUGAGUACUACAAAGCUCUCCCAACUGGUAACAGACCUGAUUGUCUACCGGUACCAGAUGCUAUGGAGGAAGACUAUGACACAGACAUUGCAUAAUAUGAUGUGUGACUGUGGUGCUGUGUUCAUUAUCGCACUAAUAUAGCUAUGUGUGCGUACGCGCGUACGCGCGUGCGUAAGUGCGUGUGAUUGCACUAGUCCGGACUAAUGCCAAUAUUAUUGUGCCAGCCCGCUGAGAUACUAUGCCGCAGUUAAACAUGAAUACCCGACUCAGAUUUGUGGAAGUCUGACAGUGCUGAAAUGCUGAUCCUGGCUAUAUUAUAUCUGACAAGUUCCUGCAUUACUUCCUUAUUUAUUUCCUUUUUAGUGAGCCACAACAAUCGCGUGAAUGUUCAAGCUAAGAAUUCCAUUUACUGUUAGGAACGUAAAAUGAUUGUAACCACAUUAAAAUGUCUUAUGACAGCUAGGUUGGAUAUCCGAAUACAAUCUGAGAUAACUGAUCUUAAGAACUGCAGUAUUUGUAUGUUCAUAAAUUGACUUUGAAUGAAGCUCAGCUGGAAAAAGUAUUAUAUUUUUUGUGAAUACUGCGAGUUAUGUCACCAUUUUGAAAAUUGAACGUUGGGUACAGAUCUGUCUAUCUAUUUAUCUAUCACUUUUUACAUAUUAUAUACUGGUUUAUAGAUAAUAAGCUAAAUAUGUACCCACUGUUUUAUAAAAGAAUAUAUAUUUACAUAAACAAAGGUUUUAAAAGGAUCUUCUAUUCAUCUAUAAUUUAUAGAAUAACGUUUCUCCGUUAACUUUGUGUGACACAUUUCCACUCAUUAGCAUUACAGCCUAACAUUAACUUAAUUUUGCAGACUAAUUAGCUUUUUAGUUUUGAAACAAACAAUGCAAUAUAAAUGUAAAUGUACAGCAUUUAAUAAAAUGAACAAUGUUUGGUAAAGGCAACACUGACAUUACUUUAGUUCUUUUAGGCAAUGCCAGAUAAUCGUUAAAGCUGGUAAGUGAUUAUAACCACGUGUUUGUAGCAAGCGAUGCUUUAGAGUGUCAGCUUACACCAGGAUAAUGGUAUCAGCCUGUGUGUCACGCAGACUCUGUGGUUGAGCCGUUACCAGCUGUCGGGAGAUAAGCUGUUAUUGCUAUUAAUUGGCUUGCUCAUUGAGAAAGUUUCUGAAGCAUAAACGUAUGUCCUGUGUUUGGGGUAAUUUGACGCAAGCAGGAAUGUUAUCAUUUAUCAGGGCCACAAUGUAUCACUUCUGUUUACAAGGAUCUGGGCCUCACAUUUCCCCUUUCCUGUAUAAUGUUUAUGCUGCCAGAUGGAGUUGCCUUUAUUUACUUCGCUUUGGCUGAAAGUCUAGCUGAAUUUCUUUGGGGAAGAGAUAUGCCAGAACAUCGUAUAUAUUUCAGGUUAUCUUUAUUACAUGUUAAUAUCAAUGUUAUGUUGAAAAAACAAGAUAUACUGUUUGGCACACUUAAUGACAAUGGCUGGAAACAAUAUUGCUAAUAAAACUUCAAGUGGUGCUUUUUAGCACCAUUUCAAACUUUUGAAGUGGGAUUUCUCACAUCUAGGGAAAAUGGAGAUAAGUGGUUCUGGCACUAACCC